UGACCUAUAUUUUUUCGGGGAAUCACUGCAUACUCGAGCGAAUCGCUAUGUAACACUGACACAAGUAAUAGUGACAAAGUAGCAGUUCAUAAAAGCGCAGCCAUCCCUACACGCCAAUUGCCAUUGCCAAGUUGUCAAAACAAACUUGGAGGUUAAUGUCACAUUCAUAAACUGAAAAUGAGUUUGAUUAUUUGAUUUUAUUAUAGUUCCUUUAUUUGCUGUAUCCAAUUAUAAGUUAUGUCUGCCAUAUUCAAUUUCCAAAGUUUACUCAUAGUCAUACUACUGUUAAUAUGCACCUGCACAUAUUUGAAAGGCCUUUUUCCUAGUAUUAUCAAGAGGAGAGCGGGGUUUUUGGGGACUUUCUGGAAGUGUGCAAGGAUAGGAGAGAGAAAAUCACCUUGGGUUUCUGUUUUUUGUAUAAUCAUGGCUGUAUCCAUUCUAUUUGUUAAAUAAAUAUCAAGUUUUGUAUGAGAAG